AUGGAGCUGCAAGACGACAGCGGUGAUCCGUUCGAUGUUGCAGCAAUAUGGCAGACCUCUAUUUUCGCAAAGGAUAUGCAUAUCGAACCCUCGGAUCUGUUCCCUGGGACCGGACUUGAUAUCCCAGCAGUCAAGCUUGACAAUCCAUAUGCGCCGAAAGUGUCAUUGGACGAAGCGCUUCAAUUGCCAAACAUAGAUGAUUUUCAGUUCGCGAGUCUUGACGAUUCCCUGCAACCUCUCGAGACCGAGACGUCUUCGGACGAAGAUCAACUGCCUGUGCUCCACGAUGAAAUUGAUGACCUUUGGGACCUUGAGUGCGAGUUCCAUAAAUCAGAUUCUACACCUCAACUCUUCUCCUGGGAAGCCUUCGAAUCUCAAACAAUCGAUCGCCCUUCUCCAUUAUAUCUCUCAGAAGCUGGUCCUACCGUCUUUGAUGCUAUACUUUCACAAACCAAUGCCUCUACGCAGAAAGAUACUCGAGCAAUACGAACCGAUGCCCUCUUGAAUUGCUUAUUUAACUUGGGUCUGGGUCGAUCAUCAGUGCUCUUUCAAUUCACCAAAGGGAAGAAUGUCGCUCACAGCGUUUCGGCGGAGCAUAUGACGGGGCUGAGCGUGCAACUCACUCAGGCAGUAAUCGGAGACUUCUUGGAAUGUGGUACGACGUUCCGACUCUUGACCUCGUUCGUGGACCGAACAUAUGCAUCCGCGAAAGCAUUUCCCGCAAUGGUUGCUCUGGCAAACACAGUCUCUACUGUGCUGUCCACCAUGGUCACUCAACUUGAAAGUCGUUAUGUCCAAAGUUUAUUACAGCUCGAAGCUCUGUUUAAAGAGCCGAAACUGCUUAUGCAAGAAUUGAAAGAUCUGUUAUCAUAUGUGCGUGGCGCUCGAACGAAUACUGCUCUGGUCGUCAGAGUAUACAAUUUCGUUGCCAAGAAAGGGCAACAGAGUGCUCUGCUGAACGCUGUCAAUCUUCAUGUGCUCGCUCGUGUGUCGCAGCCAUGGCUGAACCUUGUCCAAGAGUGGACAGGAAUGCACGAACAAACCAUGUAUGGUGGCCUUGAGACUGAGGACGACUUUUUUGCGCAACGGGCCCCGGACCCGGAAGACAAAGCUGUUACAGCCAAGGUCGCCGAGUUCCUAUACAUACACCAGCAUAUGCCUCCCUUUAUCCCUGACGCCGAAGGCGAAAUGAUAUUUGAGACCGGCAGUGCUGUUCGUUUUCUACGCCACCAUCAUCCCGAGCAUCCAACUUGUUCUAUGAAACGACUGAAACUUCAGGUGCCGGAAUUACAAUGGCGCUUCACUUGGGAUGAUGUAGAGCGUACGGCAGGGAAGGCGAAAGACUUUGAGGCAAGCUUACAGAACGCCAUAAAAAGAUAUGUCACCGGCGACCUUUCACGGCCCGCUAGUAAAGGUCAAAAAAGCUUCGUAUCGUCCAGUGAUAGUGGUCAAGCCACAUUCAUAGACUUUGCGAACUUCAUAGAGAAUAGUGCCUCACUGCUUGAUUCCCAGCCGCCGCCCGAGGAGUCUCAGCUCCCACAAGAACUAGUUGCAUUGAUGUCGCUAGCCCUAGAUGGGACUUCCGCCAUUCCGCCAAGGGAUGUAAAUACCUUCGAACCACCUUUAGCUCUGUCGCCGGUACUCACGCUGAUUCCUCUACUAAGGAUACAAGCCCAGCUUGUCAAUGCCGUCACUUUAAGACUUUUUUUCCGAACUCACGGCCUUCGUCAUCAUCUUGACCUCCAUAGGCAAUACCAUUUGUUCGGCGAUGGUGUCUUUCUCGCUCAACUAUCGACUGCUUUGUUCAGUCCGGACUUGAGGACCGCAGAGAGAGAAAAGGGAAAGGUAAGGACUGGAGCAACAAUGGGUCUGAGACUCGGGACUAGAACCACUUGGCCUCCAGCAAGCUCCGAACUGAGGCUUGCAUUGAUGGGCGUUCUCAGUGAUUGCUACCACUCCUCGGAGCUUUAUUUAUCCCAUGUGAAGCAUACAAUGGAUGUGCGCGAGCGAAAACGCGAGGACGGUGAUCUUCCUGGACGACUCAGCUUUUCUGUACGUCAUCUUCCCGAGGCCGAGAUCACAAGAGUCAUGGACCCAAAUUCGCUGUAUGCCUUGGAUUUCCUACGCCUCCAGUACGACGCUCCUUCACCCAUCAACCUCGUGAUUACGCCAUCUUCGCUCGAAAAGUACGACCAAGUUUUCAAGUUCCUGUGUCGACUCUUACGCAUGCUCUUUGUCGUUAACCAUCUUCCGCGAGAUCUGUCGUCCAAAGUGGCCCGUAAGUUUCGAACCGAAGCUAUCCAUUUUGUCGUCACUGUCAGCUCAUACUUUUUCGACACUGGCAUUUGCGAGAAAUGGACUUCGUUCGCUGAGUCUCUAGACAACAUCGAAAUACGUUUGAGACAAGAGGAUGCCACUCAUGAGUAUGGCUCUGUUGUUUCUGAGGGACUUGGUCACGUGCGCAAGGCUCACGAAGCCUGCCUAGAUCGCAUCAUGCUGACCCUCUUUCUGCGGAAACGGCACGACAAGGUCAUAGGUCUUUUGGAAGAGAUAUUCUCUUAUAUCCUUGAAUUCGCUGGGCAUGCCGAGCCUCAUGUACCUGAGGUCGAUGGCCUUUACAAGAAACUGCACGAUAAAACGAAGGUGUUCCUGCAAGUCUGUCGUGGAUUGAGUGGCAGACGGAGUAAGAAGGUCACAACGACGACAGGCGACGAGAUGGAUGUCGAGAAGCUUGUUGUCAAGAUGGACGUCUCGGGAUACUAUGGAGACGAAUCUCCGUGA